GGUCCGCGCCGCGCGGUGUGCACUGCAGUUACUGGGCCAGGCGCGCGUGUGUACUUUUCUCUCUUCGUCGUCUGUCGGUCGUCAUCGUCGUCUUCGUCUUCUUCUUCUUCUUCUUCCUUCCUUCGCUAGCCGGCUAGUCGUCGUAACCGUUUUCUCUCGUCGACAACCACCGUUGGCCGAGCCACGAUGCUCAUCGGUGUCGAAUAAUCACGGCAUACGCGCGUGUGGAAAAAGCACUUGCUGGGUGCCGCUGAACGAGAGCGAGCGUGCGCGCGCGCGCACGCCUCUGUGUCAUCGGCGAGACGUACAAUUAAAUCACGCAGUUCGCGCGAGUGUACUGCCGCACCAGGACCACAGCUCCGGUCGAGAGAUUACCGGGUCCCCGUCGGAGAAGCCGCAGCAAAUUUCUACAGCGUCGAUCCUCGGAUAUCCAAAGUGUUUUAGCUCCGAACACUCCGAGGGGACCGUCGUAUCCCGCGGAUUUCCGCUCGAUAUCGCGACGUAUCCCCGCGGUGGUGCACGACCAAGACGUGAUUAACAGUGACGAUUGUUCGAACGGCGUUGGAAGAGAGGUUGAAAGCGCGAAAGCGCGCUCCGUCGCGCAGUGUGAAGAACCAUCGGUCCAAUGGUCGAUUCAGCUGAUCGCGAAGAACGUUACGUUACGCUAGAUCGAGCUGACGCGUUCUACGGCUGUUGCGAAACUACCUGUGCAUGACUUUGGUGAAUCUUUGCGAAUCUAUCAGAUUGGAUAUUCAGUUUUGUGAAGGCUACGCGGGUGAAGUGCUUAGUGAUCUAACUGUAACCGAUCUGACUCAGACUACCCGACCAAGGAUUCGGCAACAGUGCAUCGAUGAAACACGGUGAGAGAAACAAUUGACCAGAGCCAGUCUACUAAUUCGUACUACAAUUUGUUCCAAAGUGACAGUGAAAAUCACCCGAAUCAACAACCGAUCGUUCCGAUAAAGAGAGGAAGAGAGAAAGAAAGAGAGUCAAAGAGAUCUAAAUGUCGCCUCUUCGUACGGAAUUACUAUCGUGCCCUUAGUCGGACCACUCAAUCCAGCAGUGACCAGUCGCGAUUCGUGAAACAGAGGCCCCAAGAUUCGGGCCCCGUACGGUGUUCGCGCGACGGCGGCGGCGACGACGUCGUCGGCGAGUUUGUCCGCGAGAACCGUAGGCUGUGGCGGCGGCAUCGACGUCGCGACUAAGGUGGAGCGUCCGGGCAGCACGACGACGCUCAACUUCACGGACCUGGGGAGCCCAUUCGGGGCGGGCGACCCCUGUCCGUCUAGUACCCCGACCCCGAACAGUAUGUCGGGAGGCGGUGGACCGUCCGGAGGCGGCGGUGGCGGCGGCGGCGGCGGUGGCGCGGGUGCCGCGGGCGCUGGUUCCGACAUGGAACAGCAUCUUCAUCACACGGGGCUGGGCUCGGUGACGCCUGGACCACCCGGUGGUAACGGCGGCGACAGCACCACCUCGAGCACGCCGGUCUCGCAAAGCGGCAAAUCGGCGUUCAUCGAGCUGCAGCACAACAACCUGUACAAUCCCGCCAGUCUCCGCGGUGGUUAUCCCGGAGGACACAAUGUGCCCGGUGCUCAUCAGUUCUCGCAUCAAGUCGGCGCGCUAAGUCACCAAACGUCCGGGCCGGGCAGCGGGAAUCAACAACACGCGGACGCGGGAUUCCCCAGUCCUAGGUCGGCGCUAGCCGGAUAUCCGUUCGCGCCCAUGCACCAGCACAACGCCUACGGAUAUCACCUGGGAUCGUACGCGCCCCAAUGCCCCUCGCCGCCCAAGGACGACCUCUCGCCAUUGGGUGACAAGGGUGGCAGCCUGGUGGACGAGUUGGGCGGCGGUGGCGGCGGUUCCUUGAGGAACGGCAAAGGCAAGAAGAUGAGGAAACCACGGACGAUCUACAGCAGCCUGCAGUUGCAACAGCUCAACAGGCGGUUCCAGAGAACGCAAUACCUCGCACUACCAGAAAGGGCGGAGCUCGCCGCCAGUCUCGGACUAACGCAAACACAGGUCAGUUUCCUCUUCAUUUCUUUUUUCCCCCCAAUUUUCCGUCGCACCCAAAGUUCUGUUCAGUUUUGCGACUCGCCGAUUGAACACACCGGCGCUCUAAUUAAGCCUCCGGCUACUUUCGAUCUGCAAAAGAAGCAAACACUGACAGGGAUUCAUCGAUGCUGGCAUAGAAACACCGUAGCCAGAUUACAGGUGAUGAGCCGACAAAGUUAG